AUGACCGACGUAGAAAGCGUUGACAACAACGUAGUCGUGGAGGAGAAAACCGUUUUCGAUCACACCACGGCCAUACAAAAGGUUUUGAAGAACGCCCUGGUGCACGAUGGGCUGAAAAUUGGAAUCAGGGAAGUCAUUAAGUCCAUCGAGUCCAAGGAGGCCAAGGCCUGCUUCCUGUCAGACGUAUGUUCAGAGCCAGCAUACAAAAAAUUAAUCACAGCUUUGUGUACUGAAAAGAACAUCCCCCUUUUUAUGGUCGAAAAUGAUAGCAAGGAUUUAGGUCAGUGGGUUGGCUUGUUUAAAUUAGACAAAGAAGGAAAUGCCAGGAAGAUUAUUGGCGCGAGUUCCGUUUCAAUUAUUGACUUUGGUGAAGAAUCACCUGAGAGAGAUUAUUUAAUGCAACAGAAACAGCCCGCCGCGGCUGCUUAA